AACACUCUCUGUUAUAUCUCUACACCAUGCAGUCUAAAAACUCUUAUUAUCAUCUCUACGACUGCACUGCUGUAACUCUGCUGAACUACAGACAGAUAGAUUUCUACAACAGCAGCUCAGAUAAACCCAGAACUGCUAAACAGAACUGGCUGAAGAACAUUUCAGAAUCUGACUGGAAAACCAGCACUGAGAAACUGCAGUAUGACAGAGAACUGUUAAAUAGACUCAUCGACCAACAGCUAAAUGAGUUCAGACACUCUCAGUCAGAUGGUCAUGUUCUUCAGUGGCGGCAGGGCUGUGAGGUCGACAGGUCUCUGCUGGUUGUUAAGAGUAUUAGUGAGUUAGCCUAUGAUGGAAUUGGGUUAAUUUACUUUAACUGCACGUCUGAGACGUGGUUAACCUCGGGGAAGCCGACGGACAGGAUGCUGGAGAAGUGGAAUAAAGACUAUCGUCUAAUUGCUAUUAAAAAAUGUGAAGAGUGUGUGAGGGUGCUGGAGAUGUACUUACAGUACAGAACUGCCAACACUACUGAUAUCAACACAAGACGAUCUCCACCUGCUGUUCAUAUGUUUGCAAAGAAAUCUAUAAGAGACUCGAGAAAGCGGAUCCUGACCUGCAUGGCUACGGGAUUCUACCCCAAAGACGUGAAGAUGAGUCUGAGGAAGUUCACCACUGAAAUUCCUGAUCAUCUGAUCACAUCUUCUGGAGUCAGACCCAAUCACAAUGGAACCUACCAGCUGAGGAAGAGUGUGGAGAUACAGGAAGAUGAUAAAGCAGAUUAUUACUGUCACGUGUCUCACAGCUCCCUCACAGAACCAGUGAUUAAAGAAUGGGAUGGAAAAUGCAUUAACUGCACAGAUGGGAGAUCACGGACUGGAUUGAUCGUUGUUCUGAUCUCAGUGGUUGUGUUGAUCAUCUGUGUUCUGAUCUGUGCAGGAGGUAUAGGACGUUCCUGUAGAUCAUCUCCCACCAGCAAUCAUUCCAUUGCUAACAGUAAGUGUUAAUGUACUGUGGGAAAACAGAGUUAAACUCACACUAUAAGGUGAACAAAAUUUUCUUUAAUUUUCCCAAAAA